AUGACUGAGGCGCACCAACAGGUCCCUGGCGACAAUCCAGCAUACUUCUGUGGCCCGACUCCGCCCAACCAGCAGCUUUUCGAAAUCGAGGAAUUCAUUAUUGCACCAAAUCCUCCAGAGAUCGAUCACCGUUUUUUUGGGUACCUACGUGGUAUUGCGCCCGACGUGCCAAACCUAAACGACACUUCUCUUCGAAUAAGUAUUCAGAAAGGUGAUGAAGAAACUCGAGAUUACGAGGAUAAGCUUGUGAAGUGGCACCAAAUCAUUAUAAGACAUAAUAGUCAGUAUGGCCACGAGUUGAAACCUGGUCAGAUAGAGAUACUCGCCGACUAUGUCAUUUUUGGAUGGUUUGUGGAGACCGACAACUAUACCUUUACUGCAGAAGCAAAGCUUCCUGAUGGGCGUGUCUUGUUCUGUUUUCAAUCAAGUAUAUUUCUAAAGGGAGAGAAUUAG